AUGCUGUAUCGAGCCAAGACCUUGUUGAUUGCUGAGCGUUUGGCUUCCUCAGGCUACGUGGUUGCAGGCUGUGAAGAGAGACUACUUAAUCCCAAGCUCGCACCGUAUUUCAAUUGCAAGGAUCAAGUCAUUGGAGUGGAGGAGGAGCAGCAAGAUGUCUACUAUGCGUGUUCCUCCUGCUGCAAACUAAGCGCAACGAGCUAUGUCUGCAUUGAACAUUUAAAGGGAGGUGAAGCACAACAGCAAGAGCUUAUAGAUUGUAAAGGGCAUCCCGGACAGUCAGAGUCUUCGUAUGGAGGCUAUUGCAAGGAAUUGAUGUACAUGAUCAGCGACGAACUUGUCGUCACUCCACUAUCCUUAACAGGGGCCGUUUUGCUUCGCAAGGAAUUCUCUGAACCGGUCAAGAUGACAGAGUUGGGCAUUGGUGAAGCAGAGGCUCUUGAUUUGCUUAGCGUUGCUUUGUCGUCCAAGACAGCACUAACGGAUGCCUUUUUCGCAAGAGCUAACUUCGGUGGAUGAGGAGGGUGAAUGAAUCCAUCAGGAGGAGAAAGAGAGGGCAGCGAA